GAGAGGAGAAAGCAAAGCCAUCCCGUCACAUGGUUCGAUUCGAUCAGACGGCAGGCAGACUCCGUUAUGGAAACUGGGAAGUGUGCCAAGUGUGCCAACGAAAAAGUUUGGACUAAUAUAACCAAUCAGGACGGUAAUGGCAGUGAAAAAUGGGAUGUAGACAAUUCAAAUUUUUUACAAUGGGCCAAUGACGAAGAACUGAUCCUAAGAAUAUUCGGAUCCGUCAUUUGUGGACUGUUGAUAAUCAUUACCCUUGCAGGAAACGUAUUAGUUACGGUUGUGGUUUCAAGAUUUAGGCGCUUGAGAUCUGUGACUAAUGUGUUACUCGCCAGCUUAGCCACUGCUGACAUCACAGUGGCACUCCUAGUCAUGCCUUUGUUAGUUGUAUACGAUUUAGAGAGGCGUUGGAGAUUCGGACCCAUUGCAUGCCAUUUGUGGAUAUCCUGUGAUGUGAUGUGUUGCACGGCCUCGAUUCUUCACUUGUGUGUCAUUGCCCUCGAUAGAUUUUGGGCCAUUACCAAGCCGUUUCGGUACCAAUCGUUCGUGUCAAAAAGAAGAGUGGGCCUAGUCAUACUUGGCAUAUGGAUAUGUAGUGCCGCCAUUUCUUUCAUACCCAUUUUCUUAGGUUGGUACAGUGACGGUACCUCUUCUCUCUUCGAUGACGUAGUCGAUUGUUCCUUAAAAGUUAACUUAAUUUACGCUGUGGUCUCUUCGAUGACGUCGUUUUACUUGCCACUUCCCGUUAUGUUUUAUGUGUAUUUUCGUAUACUGAUGGUAGCCGAGAAACAAUCGAGAGAAAUUAAACAGUUGGAGCAGUCGUUACACGGUGCGGAUCACAGGAUCCGUAGGAGUAUCAAGCAGAGAUCCAGGCAAUUAAUUACGGAUACGAAAGCCAUAAGAACGCUAGGGAUCGUCAUGGGUGUAUUCUGUGUAUGUUGGCUUCCAUUCUUCCUCAUGUACGUUAUAUUAGCUUAUUGCCCAAAUUGUAAUUUGAGUUACGAAGUUAGGAGUGGCAUAACGUGGUUGGGGUACUUCAACUCAGCUUUCAAUCCUUGCAUAUACGCAUACACCAACAAGGAUUUUAAGGAUGCUUUCCGUCAAGCAUUAUGCUGCAAACGUGAUUUCGAUCGUGAUUGCAAGAAAGGCGAAGAUGGUAAUCUCUCGAACAGCAGAAGUUUGCAGAGAUUAGAUCGAGUGCAAACCGGAUUUGCAAGCUCUGACCUUCGCACUCCUUCAGUUACUAUCGAUAGCAAUACAUGGCCUACACCGUCACCGACUGUAGUAAAGUGAAGAUUAUAAGUAUCCUAUCUGUAUACAAUAUACAUAUACAUAUAUAUAUUUAUUUUUGUGUUUAUAUUGCUUCUGGAACGAGUGUUUAAAUAAGUGAUCACCAAAAUAUUCUACGUAUAUUUUAUGAAACAACAAUGGAAAAAUGUCCUGUAUGUACGUGAGUAAUCUGUUUCAUUGACAAGUAAAAAUUAUUGUUUGACAAAUUGUUCCUUUUUUGUUUAUAUAUAUAUAUAUAUUUUCUUUUCGUUUUAAUUUUAAUAAACCAAAGGGGAGGUAAAAAUAUAGAAACGUGACAUUGUUUAUUUAUUUAAUUAAUGCUGUUUCACAAUAGUACAAACGGUUGAGAAAUACAUUUAUGUAUAAUUUCCCAUAUGAUAUAUUGCUAUAAUAUUAAGUUAAAUGUGA